AUGCCCCUCACCAGCGAGUCCCUCCACUCGGCGCAAGCAAGCGAGUUCGCGAGGUACGCGAGCCGACGGAGUGUCGUUCACAGCACCAAGGGAAUCGUAUCUUGCACACAACCGUUGGCCGCAAAAUGCGGCAUCGAAGUCCUUCGCGCCGGUGGUAAUGCCGCUGACGCGGCCGUCGCAGUCGGUUAG